GGCUUCGGGUCUGUCGGCGAUUAAAGGGGAGGAGGAGAAAAUGCGUUAUAUAUCAUUUAGGGAGAAGGUCGUAUUUUUUUUCUUUUUGUAGAACAGACACUCCGAUUUAUUUUGCCUUCCUCGUUCGCUAGUUGUUAGGAGGGAACUUAAUGCGGUUUUCUUUCUGAUUCGACUUAUUUUGUCGCACAGUUUAAUGUCUCCAAUGCUUCUCAAAUCAUUCUUCUUUUCAGGUUUAGUCUGUUCGCCCGACUUUCCUACUAUGCUCGAUUUCAGCUGUUUUGAUUCUUAGCCUCUUUUGGAUCAGCAGCACAAGCAAAAUGUCAUGGUUACAGCCUGCAGUUAGCCAGUGCGGUGAAGAUGUAUUUGAUGAAAAUGCAGAUGAGAUGGACAUAGCCCAGAAAGAAUGGAAGAGUGAAAUGGAGAAACGAAUCAAGGAGGGCUAUAGGGACGGUGUUGAAGCUGGGAAAGUGGUAACACUUCAACAAGGCUUCAAUCAGGGUUACAAAGAAGCAAUAAGGGUGAUAUUUGCAUGUAGCCAGCUCAAAGGAACCAUAAGUGCUCUUCUGUCUUGGUAUCAUCACAAUAAACACAGUCCUGCAAUGCUGAAUAAGAUGACUGAUCUGCUGAAUCAAUUAAGAGUAUACGAAGAACAUGUACUUAAUCAUUUAAAUCGUGUAAAUCCACAACCCAGUGUUGGAGAUUUGCUACAUACUCUUAAUGACAUGGAUCUUGAUCGCGAAUGCUGCGCUGUUGAACAACAUAAUAGAACCUGUGCUGAGCUCACUAAAAAUAGUUGCAGAAAUAAUGGAACAGAUUCAUUUCAAAAUGAAUAUUGUGGCAGGACAGAAGGUCACAUAGGUUCUAAAAGAGCAACCCUUUCUUGGCUUAAAGAAAGAACUGCCAGUAUCAUGGAACAAUUUGGUUUGUCUCCAGACACAGUUAAACAUAUCUAGCUCUUGGCAAAAUAAAUGUGUUGCUUUAAAUUAUAUUUAUAAUAUUCUUUUUGACACUCACAUGAUGACAGGACACCACGGUGAUCAUAAAUACAAGAAUUGGACACAAAGUUGAGAUUGUCUUAAUUUCAAGCUGUCACUGCACAAUGCAGUUGGCAAGACUAUCUGUAUGGUUUCAACAGAUGAUGGUAAUUAUUUAUAUUUCAUCUUUAUUAUUUUUAUAAAUCUGUGACUGUCCUUCAUGGUGCUAGAGACUGGGUGCUGGAUAGGGGACAACAGGCUUCAGUUGAACUCCAAUAAGGGAAGUGCCUGUGGGAAGUUAUCUUUACUUCUAGUUGGGGUUGCACUACUCCAGACAGACCCAAUGCACAACUUAGAGGCUCUCUUAGACUCCAACUACUGCUCAAAGUGCAGGUGGCAGUCAUGACUAGGAGAGCAUUUUUGCAGCUUGUGAUCUUUUCUGUAUUGUGAGGCUGUGCCCUCAGUCACUCCUGCCUUGUCAUCUCUUGUUUGGCUUAUUGCAUCAUACUUGAUAUGGGGCUAUUUUUGAAGAGUAUUUAUAAGCUACAAUUGGCUCAGAAUGCAUUGGCAUGGAGAGACCCUAGGGUAGCACAUAUAAAAUCACUUAUUAAAAAUGCAUUGGUUGCCAAUCUGCUUCUGGGUCCAGUUCAUGCUGUUGGUUAUCUUUAAAGCCCUCGGGAUAUCUGAGGAACUGCCUUGCUCCAAUGGGACUGCCCUGCCCCAUUUGCUCUGGCAGAAAUGGCAUACUGCAGUCCAUAUUAGCCAUAGAAUUUUGCUGGUUGAGUCUAGGAAAAGAGCAUUUUUUGCCAUGGCCCCUGCCCUUGGAGCAACUUGCCACUGAAGGAUCUGCCCCCACUCUCCUGGAAACCAGACUGCUGAAUGCCAUGAAGCCCUGAUGGAGAAUCUAUAGGGUAAAAGCGGAUGCACCACCUGCCUAUUAUCAUCUGAGCCAGUCUUUUAGUUUGUGUUUAAUCUUUUGUAUUUUUAAUUUGUUUUAUAUUUAGAAUUGUUUUGUAUACAUAUUUUUCUAAGCUGUCCAGAGUUGCUUUGGACAGCAAGAUGAGUGGAAUUCAAAUUUAAUAAAUAAAUUCAACAAAUAACUCAAGGUGGUGAACUUCCAACAACAAUCCCGUGAGAUAGAGGGGCCGAGAGUCAGUGACUGUCUCAAGAGAACCCAGCUAGCUUUUAUGACUAAAGCAGGACUAUAACUCACAAUCUUCUAAUUUCUAGCCUGGUGCCUUAAACAUUAGAUCAAUUAGUGCUUUAAUUACUAGACCAUUUAUAGCCUCCACCUCCCAUAUUUCUGAUGUAUCUCUUGAAAAGUUUAACAAAUACAGCAGUGCAAAGAUGGCAUAUUUAUUGGUAUUUAUGGGAAGGAAAAUAAAACAAUAAAUAUAACAAAUACAGCAUUAGCAAUUAUCUCAAUAUCACUCAGGUAGUUUCCUGAUAGCCGAAUUGACAGGACGCAGUAAUAUACAUUUCUCAUAUUUAAUGAGUCCAUGAGCAUAAUUCAGUUUUAAAAUAUAUUAAAUAUUUUAUCUACAUACAAUGCCUUAUAAUUUAUGAAUUAUUAAAAUUUCUUCUUUAAAUAUUUUUUUGUCUGAUUUACUUCUGUUUUGCUAUGCAUUCUUAAUCUAUAUUUCCAAGAGUUGUGGUUUGUAAAGAAGCUGUUGUAUAUUAUAGAUACAAGCUUCUCUAUUCUUGGUAUCCUUUCAGGAGCUAUGAGAAAUCUUAGAAAGUCAUUAACUUAAAAACAAAUUAAUGCUAUUUUUUAGUCCGCUGCUCCAAUAAAAAUGAACAAGUUUUCCCAUGCAUAAAAACAAUAAAUUAAUAGAAAAACAAUAAAAAUAGAGUUAAUUAUUUUGAACUAGUAUAUGUCUGCAAUAACUGAUUAUCAUAAGAUUACAAGGUUAAUGAUUACAGUCUAUAUAUCCUUGCAAUAAAGGCACAUUAUUUUCACUCUUAUGAAAAAUAUAUGCAGAAGCAAUAUAUAAUUGUCAUCUAUUUUAAUUUAUUGAGAUAUGCAUGCCAUUGCUCUAUAUUCAUGUAAUUUCUUUUGUGUCAUCUAAAUUGUAAGCUACAGAUUAUUUUUUUACUUUUCUUCUAAUGUUUACAAGCGAAUGAAAGAUUGUUCUGCAUUACUCGAGGUUUCUAACAAAACGCAUAUUUUAUAAAAACAAUUGUAAUGUUAUUCUCAUCUUGUAUGUCUUUAACAUUAUUCAAAGAGUAUGUCUUUUCAAUUGCUCCAUUAACUUGUUUUGCUGCUUUUUUGCAUAUUCAAAAUAUGGGAUUAGAGGAAUUAGAUAUAUAAUUUACUAAACUGUACUUGUGAUUUUGAGCAUUUACUACCAAUUUUAAAUAAACUAAACUGAUAUUCAA